GUGUAAACAUGGCGAACUUGGCAGAUGUCGGCUGGAAACUCCUGGAAUUCAAAGCCCGAUCAAAACGAUCAGAUUUGUGAUUUAGCUGAGAGAGACCAUUGGCCUUAAUUUCACCUUUUGAGAAUGGCCGCCUCAGUGGCUGCGAAUGCCCGGCCCCGUCGGAAAGUUCAAAGACUUGGUUCCAUCUAUGAACCUCUCAAGCUGUCUCAUCUCCAGCGUGAGGAUGAGCCCCUAUGGGAGAAACUGGACCGCUACUACAAUGCUGUUAAGACAACCAUUCUGAACUACCAGAGUCCCACCACUGGCCUUUUCCCGGUCAAAACAUGCCCCACCUGCAAGGAGGCCAAGGUCCGGGACUCCCUGUACUGUGCUGCUGGUGCCUGGGCCCUGGCUAUGGCGUACCGACGCAUUGAUGACGAUAUGGGGCGGACCCAUGAAUUGGAGCAUUCUGCCAUCAAGUGCAUGAGAGGGAUCCUCUACUGCUACAUGCGACAGGCUGAUAAGGUGGAGCAGUUUAAACAGGAUCCCAGCCCCACCAAGUGUCUGCACUCAGUGUUUCACGUCGACACCGGUGACGAGGUUCACACCUACAGCGAGUACCACCACCUGCAGAUCGAUGCCGUUUCUCUGUUUCUGCUGUACCUGGUGGAGAUGAUCUGCUCUGGUCUGCAGAUCAUUUACAACACUGAUGAGGUUUCCUUCAUCCAGAACCUGGUGUUCUGUGUGGAAAGAGCCUACAGAGUGCCUGACUACGGCAUGUGGGAGAGAGGCAGCAAAUACAACAACGGCAGCACCGAGCUGCAUUCCAGCUCUGUGGGCCUGGCUAAAGCUGCUCUGGAGGCCAUCAAUGGAUUCAACCUUUUUGGAAACCAGGGCUGUUCCUGGUCGGUGAUAUUUGUGGAUCUGGACGCCCACAACAGGAACAGGCAAACCCUGUGCUCCUUACUGCCCCGAGAGUCUCGCUCACACAACACGGACGCAGCCUUGCUACCAACCAUCAGCUAUCCUGCUUUUGCAGUAGAUGAUGACGCCCUCUACAGUCAGACAUUGGACAAGAUUGUCCGCAAGCUGCGGGGCAAAUACGGAUUCAAACGUUUCCUCCGUGAUGGCUACCGCACCGCUAACGAAGACAAGAAUCGCCGCUAUUACAAACCUGCUGAAAUGAAGCUUUUUGAUGGAAUCGAGUGCGAGUUUCCCAUAUUUUUCAUCUACAUGAUGAUUGAUGGGGUGUUCAGAGGAAAUAAAGCUCAGGUCAAAGAAUACCAGGACCUCCUUGAACCCAUUAUCUUCCAGUCUUAUGAGGGCCAUGCUGUGGUCCCCAAAUACUACUACGUACCAGCUGACUUUGUAGAGGGGGAGCAGCUCAAACAUGGAAGCCAGAAGCGUUUCCCUAGCAACUCUGGCCGUGAUGGGAUGUUCUUCCUGUGUGGUCAAGCCCUUUACAACAUCGCCAAGCUGCUGGUGGAUGAGCUGAUCAGCCCUAAAGAUAUUGAUCCCAUCCAUCGCUACGUGCCCCACCAGGACCAGCGCAAUGUCAGCAUGCGAUACUCCAAUCAGGGUCCCAUAGAGAAUGAUGUUGUGAUUCACGUGUCCCUGAUAGCAGAGAGCCAGAGACUUCAGGUGUUUUUGAACACCUAUGGCAUUCAGACCCAGACGCCCCAGCAGGUGGAACCCAUCCAGAUCUGGCCUCAGAAGGAGCUGGUCAAGGCAUACCGCUUCCUUGCCAUCAAUAAGAAGCUGGGGUUGAGUGGGCGUCCAGAGAGGCCAGUGGGCUGUAUUGGGACUUGCAAGAUUUAUCGUAUCCUGGGGAAGACGGUGGUGUGCUACCCAAUAGUAUUUGAUCUAAGUGACUUUUACCUGUCCCAAGAUGUUAUGCUGCUGAUUGAUGACAUUAAGAACGCCCUGCAGUUCAUCAAACAGUGCUGGAAGAUGCAGGGACGUCCUCUCUUCCUGGUUCUCAUCCGCGAGGAUAACAUCAAGGGGAGCCGCUUCAACCCAGUCCUGGACAUGCUGGCCUCGUUCAAGAAAGGCAACCUUGGAGGGGUCAAAGUUCAUGUCGAUAGACUUCAGACCCUGAUAUCUGGAGCCGUGGUGGAGCAGCUGGACUUCCUGCGUGUCAACGAGGCAGAGAUCCCAGAGUUUAAGAGCUUUGAGGAGCUGGAGCUGCCUAAGCACUCCAAGGUGAAGAGACAGACGAGCACACCCAACGCCUCAGACCUGGAGCAGCAGCCGGAGAUCAAUGUGGAGGAGUGGUUGCAGAAGCCCACCCACGAGAUCAUCCAGAAGUUCCAUGACUCUGACUGCUUGGCCAGUCAGGCUCAGCUUGCCUGCAUCCUUCUUAGGAGAGAAGGACCAGACUUCCUUGUGAAAGAUGAGAACAUGAUGGAUGAGCUGGAGAGAAUCUACAGAAGAGCUGGCAGCAGAAAGCUUUGGUCUGUUGUCCGCCUUGCUGCCAGUCUCUUAACUAAGCUAGUGGACAGCCUUGCCCCCAGUAUUACUAGUGUUUUAGUGCAUGGCAAGCAGGUGACUCUCGGCCUAUUCGGGCAAGAGGAGGAGGUGAUCUCCAACCCACUGUCGCCAGGGGUGAUCCAGGGCAUCAUCUACAGCAAGUGCUCCCCUCACGGUGGGGAACGGGAGGCUGUUCUUCAGCAGGAGCUGGUCAUCCAUAUCGGAUGGAUUAUCUCCAACAACCCAGAGCUGUUCAGCGGCAUGCUGAAGAUCAGAGUCGGAUGGAUUGUCCAGGCCAUGAAACACGAGCUGAAGAUCAGGGCGGGAGACAUGCCACCCCAGGACAUCUACCAGCUCUCCCCCAGCGACAUCAAGCAGCUCCUGCUGGACGUCCUGCAGCCACAACACACCGGCAGGUCUUGGCUGAACAGGCGUCAGAUCGAUGGCUCUCUGAACAGAACCCCUCUGGGCUUUUAUGAUCGUGUGUGGCAGAUCCUGGAGAGGACCCCCAACGGCUUUACAGUGGCUGGGGCUCACCUCCCACAGCAACCGACACUGUCUGACAUGACCAUGUAUGAGAUGAAUUUCUCCCUGCUGGUGGAGGAAACGCUGACGAACAUUGUCCUGCCUGAGUACAGACAAAUUAUAGUAGAGUUGCUGAUGGUGGUGUCCAUAGUGCUGGAGAGAAACCCGGAGCUUGAGUUCGGCGACAAGAUGGAUCUGGACCAUCUGGUGAAGGAAGCCUUUAAUGAUUUCCAGAAGGAUCGCAGCCGCUUUGAAGGCAUGGAGAAACAGGAUGACAUGGAGGCAUUUUACAACACACCACCAGUGGGAAAGAGAGGCACCUCCAGCUACCUGACCAAGGCCGUUAUGAUCCUGUUGCUGCAGGGGGAUGUCAAGCCCUGCAAGGACGACCCCUGUUCCGUUAGCUAGAUUUACAACGCUUCGACCUCUCAUCCCAGCCUGCUGCAGUGUAGUCAUCAAAUGGUCUACUGAGUAUCCAUCACGUAUAUUCAGAAGAUAACCUCUAACCUCUCCAAUCCUCUCUUCGGCAGCACUCUGCCCGCUCCUGCAAGCUACAGUUUUCCUGGACUUUUGCCUCUACAGCAAUAGAAGGUGUGAGCAGAAGCCUCAGUUGGCAUAGAUUAGCAUGUUUGCAGUUUGCUCCAGGCGUUAAAAUACAUCCACCAGUCAUGUUUCAUAUAAAAACAGAAAUGUUGAUAUUUAUGGGAAAUACUCACAGUAUCACCAGGGCCUUGUUUCUUUUACCUCCACACGUUUUUGUUCAGUAUCCCAACUGUGCUGUGUAAGAUUUUAAUAGAGUUACCUUGAAUUGCUCUAGUUAUUUAUUAACAUUGGUAGCUAGUCAUGUGAAAUGCCACAUAACUAGCUAAUGUUGCCACAUACUGUGCCCUAACUGGGUAACUGUUUUGUUAUUCUUUAUCUGGAUGUCGUAGAUUAGCAUAUCUGCACUUUGCUCAAAGGGUUAAUAUCCUAUACAGCCACCAGCUGUACUAAACUUACUAGCACCUAGAACCUUCCUUAACCUGUCUACAUCUUUUUGUCACCAGAGUUCACUCUUGUAUUCUACUCUGUGUAUUCAGUUAAGAUUUUAAUAGUGUUAAUCACCGUAGGUGGUUAGCUAUGUCAGAAUGGCACCUAGCCACCAAACUUGUGUUCUCUUGCCCUGUCUCCAAUAAUACGUAUUGUCAUUAAAAUAAAAACUUACUGAAGGAGAAAUUACACAAGUGGUAAUUGUUUUGGCUUAGCUUAGCUUAGCUGAGCAUAAAAACUGAAAAUGGGGAAAAAGCUUGCCUAGCUAUGUCCAAAAGUUAAAGGAAUGCUAAGCUAGGCUAGCAGGCUGUUGGCUGUAGCUUAAUUUUCAUCAUACAGACAUGAGACUGGUUUAAAUCUUCAUAUCUAAUUCUCUGUAAUAAAGCAAAUCAGCUUAUUUUUAAAAAAAAAACCUAUUUCUUUAAUUUUUGUUUUUCCCUUCAAAAAUCCAAUAUAAAUGUGUUUGUAUUCUGGCUUUCAGAUAUGUAAGAAUGAUGCCACUGUGAACCCUGAUACAGGAACCAUGAGCUCAGAUGUAAGCUUUACCUCACCAGCAAUAACCUGUAGCUGUUACACUGCAGUCAGUCAGUAUAAGGUCAUGUUGUAUCAUGAGAGGUGUGGUUGUUAAAUUGAUCUAUUUGGCUCCCAGGGGCCUUGAAAAUGCAGCUAAUAAUCACAUUAAGUCUGCCAUUAUGUCAUGUAUUAUUCGUCAUCAAAUUGCUUCCUGAUGUGGUUAUCAUCAUCAUCUAAACUAUCAGUGGGUCUUUGGCUUUAGAAGGUUUAUAAAUUUAAGAUUUUAUAGUGAAUCACACAGUAUAUUCAGCUAAAGUUUGGUGUUUGUUGUACUAUGUUAAGUUUCUUUUAGUGGAAUGCUGUGCCCUCUUACCUUUAUGCAUGCACAGUCUGCCGCAUGACAAUAGGGGCUGUUUGCCAUUUGCAAUGGGAUGGUUUCUCUGAAUGUUUUAGGCUACAAAAUAGUUUCUGAGAGGCCCAUUUUGAGCAGUUGGGCUCUGCAUGACAAUGACUACUGCUCAUCUGUAGUUCUGGGACUGAAGACCCUUUAGAAAAUUCUGUUUUGUUGAAUGUGGGCAACAGUAAAGACUGCUGUCAUCCUUAGGUAGAAAUGAUAAAAGAUUCACUUUGACUUAUUUUAAAGCGUGCCUCUGAAUAUCAUCACUGUGAUGAAUCCACCCAACCUUGUCACUGUGUGUGUGUGUGUGUGUGUGUGUGUGUGUGUGUGUGUGUGUGUGCGCGUGUGUGUUGUUUACCGUUGUUGUUCAGUAUUUUUAACUCAAACUGUAGUUUCAAAGAAUAAAGUUAUGAUGGAAACUAUAAA